GGAGCGGGUUCGGUUUGGAGCUGGCGCCGUAAGACUCGGACGGUGGCGUUAACUCUUCACCAUACCUCUCCUGCGUCCCUCCUCGCGGGUUUGAGUCAUGUCGCUCGCCAAGGUGAAAGUGGAGAAGGCUGAUCUGGAAGCAGAGGUUGCACGCAGCCGCCUGGAUGCCGUCCUACAGGGUCUCCUAGACCGGACCGAUGUAGACCGGGAGCAGAUGGAGGAUGAUUCCGGGAAAACCUCUACAGAACCGCAUUGCAAAGAUUCCCCAAGCGCCGCCGGGAAAAGGCCCUCUGCGAGGCUUUCUCACCACCGUCGCAAGAAAAGAAAGGAGGAAGACGGAGUAAUAGAAGGAGGCCAACCCAAAGCCAACACAUUCAUCAUCCGCCUUUUUGAUCGAAGCGUAGACCUGGCUCAGUUUUCCGAGGACACCCCUCUGUACCCGGUGUGCCGCGCAUGGCUCCGAAAUACCCCUACGGCAAGAGCGGCUGAGCGGCCACAAACUCCACCGGCGGAAGAGAUUGAAGGAGUUAAUGGGAACGAUGAGAAUGUGUACCGGCUACCUCCACCCUUGCCUUGCCCAGUGACAGACGGAGGAGAGCCGGUGAACCUAAGGAUACCCCUCCACCUUCCCACAGAAGAGGAACCCCUAAAUCUGAAUAAUGAGACAACACCCAGUAUGUCCUCCCUCAUUUCCAAGAACAUGGACCGAUGGAAGAAAAUCCGCCAGAGGUGGAAGGACUCCUCUUACCGCAACCAACAACGCUACGCGCAGAGCAUGAAGAUCCUGAAGGAGAUGUAUGAACGUCAGUGAGAGGCGCGUACGGCAGCUCCGGGUUAUCCACUAAACGCCUAUCAGCUGCCGGUACCUCAGAGACGCGAGGCUUUCGUAUUUUACCCAUUUAUGCGGCUGCGUUACACACGUCUCCGUUUCCUUUUUUUUUGGGUUAUAUACGCCUGGGUACCCAAGGACAUUUUUAAAAGAAAUUUUUUAACUUAGCCUGGAUGAAUACUUAGUAGCGAUCACGUUAUCUUCCCGGGCCCUUGUUUAAAUCCCGAAUAUUUUAAGUCGUUUUUAAUUUGCAAUUUGUCAUUUUUGUAUGUUUUAUUGUUUGACAUUAGAAGAUACUUAUUGUUAGGAGAUUUUAAUUGCAAUAAAAAUUGUCUUUUUA